UGUAAAAUUGAGUUGCAGAAAAGCUCCCUUUCACGACUUCCAAGACAGCAGACACAAACCCAACUCCCUUCUCUCUCUCUCUCUCUCUUUCAGUUUCAGUUUCAGUUUCAGUUUCGAUUCUAAACAGCAAAUCUUCAUUUCCCCCCUCUGUUUCUUUUCUUCUAACAUUCAAUUUUUUCUUCAAUUAUAAUGUUCUCUACCGCACGCAAUCAUUCCCCGGUCUUCUUCGAUUACGUAAUCUGUUAACGCCGUUACCAUCAUGGACGACCACCACCUGCUUCAGCUUAACACCUCCUCUAACGCCAAGUCUUCCGUCCCGUUUGUCAUCGAUCUUAACGAAACUCCUCCUCUUUCUUCUCCUCUCGCCGGAGAUGAUACUCACGCUACUCCCUUUUCUUGUCCUCCUCAACCGCCGCCGGCGGUUUCCGGCGGGGCGAGUAGUAGCGGUAGAGGUAAGCACGUGUUCUUUGAUAUCAAUGCCUUGCCUAGUGAAGCUGAAGGACUUGAAGAAGAAGAUGAAAACUCUCAUUUUUUUAAUUCCAGAAUGCACACUAUGCGUGAUACUUCUUCGUCUAUUGGCAACUCGAAUGAUACACAAGUGACGUGUACUAAUUUGUUAUUUACGGGGAGUCAUUUUGAGCUUAUGAAGCCACCGAGUAGUGUGAGUAGUGUUGUCAGAUCAGGUCAUGUAGAAAUUGUACAGCAGAGAUUCAACUUAGAUCCGCCUCGCUCUGUGUUAGGGAGGCAUUGGUCAAGUGAAUGUCCUUCCCUUACAUCAUCAUUGUUACAGGCGCAGAGUGAAUUUUUUUUACAGAAUUUAAAACAAUUUGUUUUAGAUAAACAUGGUGUUCUGGAAGAAGGCUGGAGAGUGGAAUUUUAUUAUUGUCCGAGAAGAUGCAAAACCCUUGCAGUUUACUGCUCACCAGAUGGAAGUAGGUUUGAUUCUAUACUUGAUGCUGCGAGUCAUCUUGGUUUGGUGGAAAAAUUCCAUUUUUCAAGAGCUCGGGACAAAUACGAUGGAUUUGCUUCAGCACAGAACGGGUUGCAUUUACUCACAGUAAAAAAUGAUUCCUUGUCAAAUUCCAGAAACAACUUCUUCAAAGAAUCUCAAGAAAAUUCGAAAAGUAGUUUUGCUGGAAAGUUCUCAGUAGGGACUGUGGAUGCUGAGGCCUGUAAGUUGAGGAGUAAUAUAACAGUUGAACAAACUGAAUCAGAGCAAAUUGAGUUUUAUGGCUCUUAUAAUUGUAAGGAUGGAUUUCCCGUCCAGUUUGAAGAUUUUUCUGUGAUUUCUGUUGGGGAAAUAGAUUUGCGACCUUCCUAUCAUUGCACUAGCCGGAUUUGGCCUGUAGGCUACAAAUCCAGCUGGCAUGACAAGAUUACGGGAUCUCUUUUUGUAUGUGAUGUCUCAGAUGGUGGCGAUUGUAGUCCAGUUUUCAAGGUACAUCGAUAUCCAUGUUCUACUAAGCCCUUCCCUACUGGGUCAACAGUCCUGUACAGGCCAAGCCUUGGCACAGAUAAUAAGAAAACUAAUAGCACUAUUGACAUAGAUAAUAAUGAGGACAUAGAUGUGCAGAUGAUAUUGUCAGACCAUAGCCCUUCACUCCUGGACUUUAUUGGUGCUGCAACUUCUUUAGAUGAAGUUUCAAAUUCUCAACCUGCUGAUGAUUUGAGUAAAAAAUUAAAUGGCAUUUCAUGCAUCGGAAAACCUGCAUCCACUGAUAGAAGAAUAGGUGAUGAUAUUGGUGAGUUCCUAGUAGAAGGCAGAUCAUCAUCAUCCGUAUGGACAAUGGUAGCUCAGAAGUUCGCGCAGUCUUGUCGUGAAGUGUACAAGAGGACCGGUGUAUGCAAAUUUUGUUGCAGGCAUGCAUAUGACUGGUGGUCAUCUGGCCUAGUCCAUGAGAAUUUGGAGGCUAGUGAAUCACCUGAUUCAUUAGCCAAGUUUUGCCAUUUGUCUGGCCCUUUCAAUGUUCAGCAUCGUAUUGAAAGCAAUGAUGAUCUUAUUACUACUUGUGAAGUGCUGGUAGAGUGGCUAGGCCAGGACAGAUUUGGACUGGAUAUUGAUUUUGUGCAAGAGAUAAUAGAGCAGCUUCCUGGGGCUGACUCCUGUUCAAGUUAUACAUUUCUGAAUAAGAGAAGAGAUGGAUCAAAUUUACAAACUAUUCAAAAUGGGUUUUUCCUGGCUAAGAGGAAAGAUGGUGUACAAGGUGAGAAAGAGACAUUUAGUAUGUUGAAGGGAUGUAAAAGCCCUAAGAAGCAACAGUCGAAGGACUCCUGUCCCCCUGGCAAGCCAUUGAGCUCAAAGCUUCCCACUGUUUUAGUUGGUGAUGUUCUUCAGUCAUGGGAGUUAUUUUGGCGGUUCUCUGAAGUGUUGGGAUUGGAUCGACCUUUAUCAUUUAAGGAACUUGAGGAGGAACUUAUAGACUGUCAUUCUUCUACGGUUAGUAGCCGUUCUGCAUCAAAAGUUACUGGGGAAAGUCAACAUGAAUUAGAUGAAUUAGAAACAUCAGAUGCAGGUGCCAAAAUGAGGGAUGAACCUGAAAUGCAUUACAGUUGCAGUGGUGAAACUUUGUAUAAUGCUCAUUGUUCGUUGCUGAAAGUACUCUUGGCAGAGUUACAAUCUAAGUUGGCUGUUUUUGUAGAUCCUUCUCUUGAAAGUGCAGAGUCCAGGUCGAGAAAGAGAAGGAAAAAAGAAGCAGAUAGCUUGAAUUUUGCUAGGAAGUCAAUGCUUGAUUUACUCCCAAUUAAUGAACUUACUUGGCCUGAAUUGGCCAGAAGAUAUUUAUUAACUGUGGCAUCCAUGGAGAGCAACCUUGAUUCUUCGGAGGUUGUGACCCGUGAAAGUUGCAAAGUGUUUUAUUGUUUACAAGGAGAUAGUGAGGCACUUCAUGGUUCUCUUCCAGGAGUGGCUUCAAUGGAAGCAGAUGCACUGCUGCUUGCAGAGGCUACAAAGCAGAUAUUUGGUACGUCAAAGGUCGCUAAUGACAGCCUAAAUGUGGACCCCAACGAUUCUUUUGAUGCCAUUUCUGGCAGAGAAGUUGCAUUGAAAGAUAGUGAAGCUCCUGAAUGGGCAAAAGUACUAGAACCGGUACGGAAGCUACCCACAAAUGUGGGAGCAAGAAUACGGCGAUGUAUCUAUGAUGCUUUGGAUCUAAAACCACCAGAAUGGGCAACAAAGAUUUUGAAAUAUUCAAUCAGCAAGGAAGUUUACAAGGGAAAUGCUUCAGGACCUACUAAGAAAGCUGUUCUAUCAGUAUUGGCAAACGUGUGUGGCGAACCUCCGCCGCAGAAACCUAAUAGGAAGAAAAAAAGCAAGCACAUUAAUACCUUGUCCGACGUGAUAAUGAAACAAUGCCGUAAAGUGCUUCGCCUUGCAGCUGCUGCCGAUGAGGAAAAAGUUUUCUGUAAUUUGCUGGGAAGAACACUUCUUAAUGCUUCUGAUAAUGAUGAUGAAGGACUGCUUGGUUUCCCUACAAUGGUAUCUCGUCCAUUAGACUUCAGAACUAUUGAUCUGAGAUUGGCUUUUGGGGCCUAUGGAGGAUCACAUGAAGCUUUCCUAGAGGAUGUUCGAGAGGUUUGGCAUCACAUAAAUACAGCGUAUGCUGAUCAGUCUGAGUUGGUUGAUUUAGCUGAAACAUUAUCCCAAAAGUUUGAGGCACUUUAUGAAGAAGAGGUCCUCACACUAGUCCAGAAACUUACAGAUUAUGCAACCAUUGAAUGCCCAAGCUCCGAAGCUAAGAAAGAAAUGGAAGAUAUUCUUGAGCAUGCAAAUGAGAUGCCCAAAGCUCCUUGGGAUGAGGGUGUUUGUAAAGUCUGUGGUGUAGAUAAAGACGAUGAUAAUGUUUUGUUGUGUGAUAAAUGCGACUCUGGGUAUCAUACAUAUUGCUUAAAUCCUCCUCUUGCAAGAAUACCUGAGGGAAACUGGUAUUGUCCUUCAUGCAGUGGUCAAGGUGCUUCACAGGUUCCUCAGUUCAUUAGCCAUUACCGUAAAAAAAGACAUCGAGGAGAGUUUACAUGUGGUAUUAUGGAGACACUUGCUCAUUUAGGUACAACUAUGGAAAUAACAGACUAUUGGGACUACAGUGUGGAGGAGAAAAUAUUCCUCCUGAAGUUUUUGGGUGAUGAGGUACUGGACUCUGCCAAUAUUCGUGAACACCUGGAUCAGUGUGCCUCAGUAUCUGUUGAUUUGCAGCAGAAAUUGCGGUCACUUUCUGCAGAAUGGAGGAACCUAAAGCUUAAAGAAGAAAUCUUCGCUGAAAAAGUAGCAAAAACAGGCAUUCUCAAUGGUACUGGAAAAUUUGGAAAGGAGGGAACAGCUGGUGUGCUUCCUAACUACGUCAAAUCGAUGGGACAGCCGCAUAAUAUAAGCUGUGUACGUUCAAUAUCUGCUAUUGAUUUGACACAUUUGGAAGAGCAAAUUCACAAAAUAAAUGAUUUUCCUAAACAAUCCAUCAGCAAUGGAAGCCAGUUUGUCAGGGUUCCAGAAUCCGAGUGUCAAGUUAAUCAACCAGAUGUGAAUGAGUUACCAGCCAGUAAUGUUGAGGCAGUCCUUAUCAAGAAUCGGACUUCUGUCUUGCAGGACACAGUUACCCAUCUAGAGUCACAACUGCAGAAGGCAUCUCUGAGGAAGGAAAUUUUAGGGAAGGACUCUGCCGGACGUCUGUACUGGGCCUUUUCCAGGCCAGGUGCAUUCCCAUGGGUGGUUAUUGAUGGUACUUCAGCAGUGCAGCACAAGAGCAUUGUUGAAGAGCAUAUGAAUCUGUCUCCCAGCAAUCUGACCCUCGAAUCUUCUCUAAUUGGACCAGAUGAUCUCUCGAAGUCCAAAGGCUCCAAUGUCUUAAGUCCGUUUGCAAACGAUUUGAACAAUAGCAUAGCAGUAUCUUUUCAGUGGUUUUCUCAUCAAUCCGAGGCUGAAAUUGAAGGACUUAUCAAGUGGUUGAGGGAUAAUGAUCCGGUUCAGAGAGAGUUAAUAGAGUCCCUUCUACAGAGGUUGAGAUUUGGCUAUAACUCCAGUGUAGCUACAAAUUGUAUUCCAGAUGUGAUGCAGCCAACUUCAACGCCUCUGAAUUCUGAGAAGACUAAAAAGUCAAAUGCUUUGGAGACUAAAGCUUUGAUUGCACUGGAGAAGAAGUACGGUCCUUGCACAGAUCCGGAUGCCACCAACAUCUCAGUGAUGUUAAAUCGAGAUCGUGAUGCAACCUCCGAUAAUAAAAUGUUCAGGUGUGAAUGCUUAGAACCAAUAUGGCCAUCUAGACAUCAUUGCCGCUCUUGCCAUUUCUCAUUUUCCUCUAAGUGUGAACUAGAUGAACAUAAUGAUGGGAAAUGCAGUUCUGGUGCUCAUGCCCGUAAGAACACAAGAGCCGUUGAAGAUGUUUCAAAACGGAAGGCAAUAAUUGGGAUUGAGAACGGAGAGCGCUCUGGGAAAACAAGGCAAUACAAGUCUUCCGGUGCAGGGCAUGAGAUUAAGUUUGAUUUGGUUGGAUGUGGAAAUGACUUUACAACUCCUUACAGCCUUGAAGAGAUAAGUGCUAAGUUUAUUACUAGAAGCUCUAACAAGGAAUUGGUCAAGGAAAUUGGCCUUCUUGGUUCAAAUGGAAUUCCAUCACUUGUACCAUGUGCAUCUCCUUAUCUCAGUGACCCAACACUGAAAUUAAUGCUUACUUGGAAAAAUGAGAUUAGUCAAAAUAAUCAAUCCCCAAAUGUGGAAAGUCGGUUGCUAGAAUCGGACAGGAAAACUGAUAGGAAACAAUUUAGUAAGUCCAACUCAGCUAAGAAUCGCAAUGCAGUUGAUAUUUAUGAGGAAUUACAAGAAAUCGGUAGAUCAUAUUUGAUGAGUGACAAAAAGUAUCAAACCUCUUUGAAAUUCAACUCUUCAAAACAGGCGAAUCCUGUGUCUGGAAUUCGUGGUUCUUCAUUGAGACCUCUUGUGGGAAAGGGGGCUCAAAUUCUUAGGCAGCUAAAGAUCAACUUGCUUGAUAUGGAUGCUGCCCUCCCAGAAGAAGCACUAAAGUCAUCUAAUGGGUGUUUGAAAAAACGAUGUACAUGGCGAGCUUUUGUCAAAUAUGCCAAGUCGAUAUUUGAGAUGGUUCAAGCAACAAUAGUAUUCGAGUACAUGAUUAAAACCGACUACUUGAGAAAUGGGUGGUGGUAUUGGUCAUCGCUAUCUGCUGCAGCAAAGAUUGCUACGAUAUCCUCUCUUGCUCUCAGAAUAUACACUUUGGAUGCUGCUAUUCUUUACGAAAAGACUGUACAACCCUCCUCUCCUAAAGAUAUCGCACAAGUCAGUAGCAAGUCGGACAACAAUUCACCACCUCAUACCGACCUCGAAAAUAAUCCAAAGCCAGGCAGCAAACCUGCGCAAAGGAAUCAUAAUCCAGAACCAACUGAUAACAGCAAACCACCAAGCAAAUCAGGCAAGAAGAGAAAAGAUUCAGGAGGAGGAUGAACACAACAAGGUUUCAAUCUUCAUUUAUAAACUCGAAUCUUAUCGGGUGGAAGCUUGCCUUAAACUCCAGUUUUGGAGGCAAAUGUAUAAACAGUGUAGGCUUAAUGAGUGUCGAUAGUUGUCGGAUAGUGAUGCUGUUUCGAACCUGAUAAACUAACUCGGGUAGUGAUUCAGGAAGUAGAGGCCAUAUAGAAGUGUGUACAGUUGUUGUACUUACAGAAUUCAGAUAGAAAUUUUCCUUGGGUUUAAGAAUUAUGGUCAUCUUCUGCAUAGGAAAUCAAGAAAAGAUGUGUAAGUUGUUUAUGUAAAGCUGUCAAAUUUAUGUAUCAAUGUCUGCAGAUGUAUAAUAGAUUUAGAUUCAUUCAUUUGUUA